CGUCGCAGGAGAUCGACAGGACACUUCCGUGUUCGCUCGACGUCGCUUCGUGUUUGUUAAAAUAUUAAUGUUUCCUUGAAGCCUAAACACUGUUUUCACGUUAGCAGUUAGCCGUUAGCUUCGCGUCCUCGGCGGAAGAGGAAGCUGGAAUCCAACAUGGACGACAUGUACGUGACAGCAGGUAACCAGGAGCGGGGCUGGAACGACCCCCCUCAGUUCUCAUAUGGCCUUCAGACGGCCCGCGGACCCCCGAGGACCCUCCUGAACAAGAGAGCAGCGCCACCUGCAGGUGCAGGAGCUCCACCCCCUAUGUAUUCCUCGGCCAACCCUCUGGCUCCAACUCAGUGUGGCUUAGCCCCGCCCCCUCUGCACAAAGCGGGUCCUCCACCUGGCUGCGUGGCCCCGCCCCUUCCUCCGUCAGGACCAAUGAUGAGCCAGCAAGAGGCUGGCAGGAGCCAAUCGGAGCGUGUGCCUGAUGUGGAAGCAGUGGUGCUGGUGCUGAGGCGAGCGCUGGCCGCCUGCAGACAGGCCAUCGCUGAUCAGGUGUGUAAUGAUGUGGACAAAAGGCUCCGCCUUCUGGAGGAUGGCUGGAGAUCAGGUCAGCUGAGUCUUCCUGUCCAGAGACGCAUGGACGCCCUGUCUCAAGAGCUGCAGUCGGGUCACUGGGACGCAGCUGAUGAGAUCCAUCGCUCUCUGAUGGUCGAUCAUGUGACCGAGGUCAUUCAGUGGAUGGUCGGCGUUAAACGACUUAUCGCUGAGACGCGAAAUCUGAGUCCAGAACUCCUCCUACAACUUCUUCACAACCCUGAAGAACCGGUCCAGGAGCCUGUCUCCCAGUCCUGACUCGGCAGCAGGUUUCCUUGGUCUCUUGACUCGGACCCUUGGAACCAUCUCAGGACCUGGUGGCAACCAUCUCACAUCCACACUUCAGGUUCACAGCUCAGACCACAGGGAAGGAGGAGGUCCAGCAGUUUGCUCAAGGGAACUUCAGCGAGGAUGGAUUGUUCAAAAUGAAACCUUCUGUUCUGGACCAUGAACAUCUGGAUUCUGGAUUUUACACUAUUAUUGGUGUCUGGACCACAGACGGCGUAUAAGAUCAGAUGUAGGUUCCAGGUCCAGAGAGUGAAGCUGAUGCUGAAGUGUCUGAAACCUGUGUUCUCUCUACUGACCAGCAGGGGGCGACUCCUCUGGUAGUGACCAGCAGGGGGCGACUCCUCUGGUACUGACCAGCAGGGGGCGACUCCUCUGGUAGUGACCAGCAGGGGGCGACUCCUCUGGUACUGACCAGCAGGGGGCGACUCCUCUGGUAGUUUCUAUAGAAAGUGACUUCUCACUUUAUAACGUCAGUAAACAUUCAGGAGUUUCUGUCUCAGUCUCUAGUUUCACCUUUUCUUCAAACAACUGAUGUUCAUCUAGUGAAUUAUGAUCGAUACGAGUAUAACAGACAAUAAAGCACUGUGGGGGGGGGUUGGAUACCACAGUGUGAUUGACAGCUGGUACCGUCCAAUGGGUGCAGGUAGCAGCUGUUGGGCGUGCAGGUCCUCGAGCUUUCAGUCAGGCUCCACCCCCUCCUCCAAAGAUGGUUACUUCUAAGGGCUAGCGAUCGCUAUCGGACGAUAUUCAUGUUUUCUUAUUGUUUCUCCGAUUUACUGAGUGAAAUGUCCUCGACUCCUUCAUAAUUCAGUUCUUAGAUAAUUAAUCCACCUUCAUUGCUCUGUAUUCCUCUGUUUGCUGGUAUCCAAAUAAAUCUUAUUGUUGAUGAAAA